AUGAGAAAACUCCAACAACUCUGUGGAAGAGUCAAUUUCAAUGAAAGAAGUGUUACGCACCCAAAGGUCCACGGUGUCAUCAUGCAGUCGUGUGGGAAAGUCAAAAUGUCAAAUUCGGACUUCGCCGGCGCUAAAAACGACUUCUUCGACAGUUUUAAGAGCUUUGAUGAAGCUGGACUUCCGGAGAGAAUCGACUCCCUUAAGUACACAAUUUUGGCCCAUAUGCUGUCGUUGUCGACUAUCGAUAUCUUCCAGGCCCAAGAAGUUAAGUCGUACCAAACACAUCAAGACCUUGUCUCGGUGUAUCAAAUCUACUUGGCUUUUAAUAACAACAACGCGCCAGAAUUCCUCAAAAAGCUGAAGGAGUCCGGAGAACAUUUCUAUACACAGAACUACAUCAAGGAAUUCGUCCCAAUUUUAAUCGAAAAGUUCCAAAGAAAAACAAUCGUCAAACUCACUUCAUGUUUCAAACGAGUGAAAUUGCCAUUCUUGUCCAAAAAACUCAUCCUGAGCGAAGACCAAGUCGAGUUGUUGGUGUUGCAGAUGAUCUUCGACGGUUCGCUUAAGGCAAAGAUCGACCAGUUCGACAGAUUCUUGGUCAUGACAGAGGAACAAUCAAUCACCACGAGAAAAUACCUCGCAUUGGCGUCGAUGUGCAAAUCGCUUUCUGAAAGCAUCAAAGCCUAA